ACGGAAUCCAGACGCCUUAGCGUUUUCUCCGUUGUGUUUUUCGCCGUUUAUUCCUCUGGGCGUUUCACUGGUGCAAUUCGGGCGGAGCAGCGCGACAAUGCAGCGCGCCUCUCACCUUCAUCUCUCCAAUCUACACCCAUAACUACCUUGCAAUUAUCUCAUGGUAUUAGGCUGCCCCCUAUCUUGCGAAGACGAAAGAACACUCUCAUCUAAUAUUUCAAUUAAUGCGUUCCUUCCUUAAAUACUUUUUGUUUUAAUGUCGCGUAGCAUCAUAGUUCACAAUAUGAUUGAAAAUAAAACUUAAAAAUGAAUAUUAACAUUAUUAAAAAUUAGCCUGGGUUAAUUAGCGCGUCUGCGUACAUGCCGACCACAGGGACUAAUUAACGCCAUAAUUAAAGUGUUACCCGUACAGCAGACAAAAAAAUACGAAAUUAGCGGCCAAACACAAGCAUUGGUGGACAUUAUUUCAGAUUAUAAAGAUGGCUAACCGCAUUCAAAAAGCCUUUAGAUGUACUGUGUGUUAAUGACUCAUUUAGGUUUCGUAGUGCACUGCGCUCAUAUUUCGCUUUGCGCUCUAGUGAUACAGGUAAUGGUCUGAUCGAGCGAAUUCACAUCUGACUUUGCCUAUUAGGAGUGAUUAAUAGGCACGCCCAAUCUAAUGUAUAUAAUGAGGUAACCGCGCCCUAGUUGACACGGACAUCCAGGGUUGACCUUUGCGGAGUGGUUGUGCUUGACCAGUCAUGGCUUCAGCAGGUUUGCAGAUCUUUGGCAUCACGCUGGCGGCGAUCGGGUGGCUGGGCGACAUCGUGAUCUGUGCGCUGCCCCAGUGGAAAGUGACCGCGUUCAUCGGCAGCAACAUCGUCACCGCCCAGACGGUGUGGGAAGGGCUGUGGCUAAACUGCGUGGUGCAGAGCACCGGCCAGAUGCAAUGUAAGGUCUACGACUCCAUGCUGGCGCUCCCGCAGGACCUACAAGCCGCCCGAGCCCUUGUCGUCAUCUCCAUCCUGGUGGCUAUCUUCGGUAUCCUGCUGUCCAUCGCCGGGGGGCGCUGCACUAACUGCAUCGAGGAAGGACCGGCCAAGGCGAAGGUCGCCCUUGUAGCGGGCAUCUUCUUCAUCGGCAGCGGUAUCCUCUGCCUCAUACCCGUUUGCUGGUCAGCCAACACCAUCAUCAGGGACUUCUACAACCCCUUGGUGACGGACGCUCAGAGGCGGGAGCUCGACGACAUCGGCAUGGGACGUGUGGGCAAGGAGAUCGCAGGCCAGGUGAUCUGCUUCAUCGGUUUAGUGGGAGUGUGUCUCUGCUGUGGUCUGCCCAUGUGGAGGGUGACCUCCUACGUGGGCGCCAACAUCGUCACGGGCCAGAUCGUCUGGGAUGGCUUGUGGAUGGGCUGCGUGAUGCAGGCUACUGGCCAGAUGCAGUGCAUGAUCGAGGACUCCAUCAUGAGCCUGAGCCCGGACCUGCAGGCCGCCCGGGCGCUCGUCGUCAUCUCCAUGCUCAUCGCCUUCCUCAGCUUCGCCCUCAGCUUCCUCGGGGCACAGUGCACCAGCUGCCUGAAGAAGGAGUCGUCCCAGGCUAAGGUAGUCAUCCUUUCCGGGAUCUUUGCCCUCAUCGCGGGUGUCAUCUGCCUGAUCCCUACCUGCUGGUCUGCUGUCACCACUGUUUCUGACUUCGAAAGUCCUAUGGUCAUCCAGCUGCAGAAGAGGGAGAUAGGGGCCGCUGUGUACAUCGGCUGGGGGGCUGCUGGUCUGCUUCUCAUCGGGGGCUCCUUCCUCUGCUCAUCCUGCCCUCCACACCAGCCAGUGCACAAAUACCCGAUGUACCCCCCCAUGUACCAGCCCUAUCCGGGAUCUGUCUACAGCGGGAGCUACGUGCCAACCAGGGCCUACUAUUCACCUGCUCAGUAUGUGCCCAACAAAUCUGUAGCAUCUGCCCCAAGACCACAUGGACACGAAGCAUAUUUAUAAUGGAUUAAGGACCAGAUAAGGACAUGGACCUGUGUUCCUCUACUAUUAUAACCUGAUUUAAGUCUUCACUCCAUUUUAAUACUUUGUAAAUCAGAAAAUAAUGUGUAUUUAGAAUAGUAUUGUCACUAUACAUGUACAGUAAAACUUUUUUUAAAUGUGUGAUUACUGUGUCACCUUCAUUACGAAUCUGACAUUAAACUCUUUUUCACGA